CGGCGGCCGAGGCGGCCCUGGGAGGGGCGGCGCGGGGGUUGGGGCGGAUCCCGCGGGGCUCGGGCGGGGGAAGCAGGCGCCGGCCCGGCCAUGGCGGACAACGAGAAACUGGACAACCAACGGCUCAAGAAUUUCAAGAACAAAGGCCGCGACCUGGAGACUAUGAGACGACAACGAAAUGAAGUUGUUGUAGAGUUAAGAAAGAACAAAAGAGAUGAACAUCUCUUAAAAAGAAGAAACGUACCACAUGAAGAUAUUUGUGAAGAUUCUGAUAUAGAUGGUGAUUAUAGAGUGCAAAAUACCUCCCUAGAAGCAAUUGUACAAAAUGCUUCAAGUGAUAACCAAGGAAUCCAGCUAAGUGCUGUUCAGGCUGCUAGAAAGCUUUUGUCCAGUGAUCGCAAUCCACCAAUUGAUGACUUAAUAAAAUCUGGAAUAUUACCUAUUUUAGUCCACUGUCUUGAAAGAGAUGACAAUCCUUCUUUACAGUUUGAAGCUGCAUGGGCUUUAACAAACAUUGCUUCUGGAACUUCUGAGCAAACCCAAGCUGUAGUUCAGUCCAAUGCUGUGCCACUUUUUCUGAGACUUCUCCAUUCACCUCAUCAAAAUGUGUGUGAGCAGGCUGUCUGGGCACUGGGAAAUAUCAUAGGUGACGGGCCCCAGUGUAGAGACUAUGUCAUAAGCCUUGGGGUUGUGAAGCCUUUACUCUCCUUCAUCAGUCCGUCCAUCCCCAUAACAUUUUUGAGGAAUGUUACUUGGGUUAUGGUCAACUUAUGUCGCCACAAAGAUCCACCACCACCCAUGGAAACCAUUCAGGAGAUUCUUCCAGCCCUUUGUGUUUUAAUUCAUCACACAGAUGUAAAUAUCCUGGUAGACACCGUCUGGGCCCUCUCCUAUCUGACUGAUGCCGGCAACGAGCAAAUCCAGAUGGUCAUCGAUUCAGGCAUCGUCCCUCAUCUGGUCCCUCUGCUCAGCCACCAGGAGGUGAAGGUGCAGACAGCCGCGCUCCGAGCUGUCGGCAACAUCGUCACUGGCACCGAUGAGCAGACGCAGGUCGUGCUGAACUGUGAUGCUCUGUCACACUUUCCAGCACUGCUGACACAUCCCAAAGAAAAAAUCAAUAAGGAGGCAGUAUGGUUCCUUUCAAACAUCACUGCAGGAAAUCAGCAGCAGGUUCAGGCAGUGAUUGAUGCCAGCCUCGUGCCCAUGAUCAUACACCUCUUAGAUAAGGGCGAUUUUGGAACUCAGAAAGAAGCUGCCUGGGCCAUAAGUAACUUAACAAUCAGUGGAAGAAAAGACCAGGUGAGGAGGGCGUUGGCGCACCUCACGCCCGUUAUUGCGCCUCUGCCGGGGAGGGCUCGGGAGAACCCCAAGGUGGCCUACCUUAUCCAACAGAAUGUUAUACCGCCCUUUUGCAACUUGCUAACUGUAAAAGAUGCUCAGGUUGUGCAGGUGGUACUGGAUGGACUAAGCAAUAUAUUAAAAAUGGCUGAAGACGAGGCUGAGACCAUAGCCAACCUUAUAGAAGAGUGUGGAGGCCUUGAAAAGAUUGAACAACUUCAAAAUCACGAAAAUGAAGACAUCUACAAGCUGGCCUAUGAGAUCAUUGAUCAGUUCUUCUCAUCAGAUGAUAUUGAUGAAGAUCCUAGCCUUGUUCCCGAGGCGAUACAAGGGGGAACCUUUGGUUUCAAUUCCUCUGCCAACGUACCGACGGAAGGGUUCCAGUUUUAGAAAGAUGUUGUGAAAGUGUUGGGUACAAUGCAGCACUGAUAUAUAUACAUAUAUAUAUAUAAAAAAAAGGUUUGAUCCAUCAAGCUUGGCUCAUGGGAUCUGCUGCUGCAUUAAAUCGGGGAAAGAGAACGUGAAGAUUUCAUUUGGAAUCACAGAAAGCCCAAAUGAAGUCAAGAUGGCGAGUGGGUGCGAGUGAGAGUGAGUGGCAAAAUGUAAUGAAAAACUUCACACGAAUGCUUAUUUAGGUCGUUCAAAAGACAAGGGCUCGGGUCACUGAUGUGCGGUGCCUGAGAAGGAGCGCGGACUAGAGCUAGAGCGACGGGGGUGCAGAAGCACCGUCUUCCGCCUUGUAAGCAUCACCGAAAACAGGGGCCCGUCUGAGCCGAGGAGAGCGAGCCCCGGCCUUGCUGUGACUUCGACCCUGUGUGAAUGGAAGACAGUGGGCGGGCUCUGGCCUCCGUGGUGGGGAGCCCCGCUCGCCUUUCUGACCCAGGGCUCCUCCCUCGGGGCACAGACCCCGCUCGUGGAGGGGCGCGUGUGCAAGAGUGUGGUUGUGGUGCUGUAUGGGGAUGCGUGCGAGCUUGAUCCGCCUUCAGGGGCUGGGGACAGACCUGGGAAUCAUCGGGGAGACCCUAAGCGUUGGCGUACACUGGACAUGGAAAUUAAAGACCGGUUUAGCAGCAGACUUGGGUUUACUUCAGCCUGGGUUUCCUCUCCCUUUCUCUUGGACCUUUUCCCCUUUCCUUUCUGUUUGUUCUUUUUCUUUUCGUUCUUUCCUUCCCCUCCUCCCCCCUUCCCAAUUACUUUUAUCUAGUAUGGCUUUAUUAGUUGCUUGUCAAGUCAGAUAACUUUUCAGGAAGGAGUCCCUGUGCAUUUGCACCAGAUGAAUGUUUGAUGUUAGGAAAAGCUUUCCAUAUCAUCAAAACGAAUUUGUGUAGACUUUUGCAUGAAAAAUCAAAAUUCCCCUCCAAAUAGACUGUGUUGCAGUACACAAGUUGCCAUAAUAGUCAGAGACAGUCAGUUGUGCUUUUCAAAGCCGUCCUUUUCAUUUUCAAAGAUAACAUGAAGCUCUUUGCAUGUGGUAAUAAUCUACAGCCUAGUUCCGUUUUAGAUUCUGUUGAGUCCUGUAAAGAAGAAAAAGACAAAAAGUUUUCAGUUGUGGUAGAAUCCCGUGCUGUGUUUAAAUGUUACUUGCUUUCAAACUUUGUUUUCUAUGAAAAUGAUAUGGAAACUUCUAAAAUGGAAUUGGGUGCAUAUGUACUGCCGAAUAAAGACCGAUGACGAGGUGUGAAUAGAUGUACAAAUCAAGUAAUGGUUUGAACACCUUUAAUACUAUGCCUAAUCUGUUCAAUUGUUUUAGAAUCUUUUUAUCUUAGAUGUAGGCAGCCAUGAACAAUCUAUUUUGAGCCACUUUAGGGAGAAAACUUUGUAUUUUUAAAACUUGCAUAAACGGCAUGCAAGUGGUUUUUAUAAAUUGGAAUUAUGCCUCAGUUUUGAGGUUCUGCACACUAAAUUAAAUGUGACACAAAUAAAUUUGUACAAAAAGGAGAACUCUUUAUAAGGUGGCUCAUUGUAGGAAACCCUGUGCCUUCCCCUUCGAGCACACGUGUUGCAUGAACAGCGGUUUGCUAUAAGAAACAUACCAGAUUAGCCACCAUUAGCAUCGUUAUCUACUUUGUGUUUAAAAAUCAACUGGUAAUUCUGAAACACUGUAGAAUGGAUAAAGAUUAUUUUGUGAUCAUAACUCUUUGUUGGACUAGAGUAUUUUUGCAGCAUUCCUUGUCAUCAGAACAUGGUUAAAGUUUAAAAUUAGAAGCAGCAGAAAACUAGCUUGUACAAUUUAUCCAAGUAGAGUGCAGGCUAGGCUGUCUUGGGGAAAUAAACAUUAAAACUUAAAGCAAUGUUUUA